AUGGGGCUGGUGGUACUUACAGGAGUGGAGCUGGAGGCGCUGGAGCUGUUUCUUGCUGUAGGUGCUGCUGGUGCUGGAGCUGGUGGUGCUGCAGGACUUGGAGCUGGAGGCGCUGGAGCUGUUCCUGCAUGUGGCUGCUGCAGGAGUUGGAGCUGGGAGGCGCUGGAGCUGUUCCUGCUGGUGGUGCUGCACGAGUUGGAGCUGGAGGCGCUGGAAGCUAUGGCACUUCGUCCUUCCUCUGUUCCACUGCGUGUCCCUCUGCCGUCUCCUCCUGCGUCCUCCCUUUCUGACGGUCCGGACCCCGAGUGUGACUCACUUCGUGCUGCCAGCCCUACCAUCACGCGUCUACUAGCUACUGUUGUCACUGACCCUUCCUUUGAGUCCACUGCUGCGUCUGCCUUAGUUGCUGAGCUUGUCGACUUUGCUGCUCACUGUCGUCUAGACUACGCCGCUAGUCUUGUUGCUGUGUCUGAGUCUGUGUGUCCUCCGUCCGUCGGGGGUGAGUGUGCUCUUGGCACGGACGUCCUUGAGGACAGGCAGGAGGACUUUGAGUACUUUGCAACUGCUGUACCUCAUCUCGUGUCCAUGCUGAGUGCACCUGAGGGAGACCCGGAUGCACCAGACAUCCCGACCUCGCGCUCUUAUGCAGAGGCGAUAGAGGGUCCUUACUCCUCUCAGUGGCAGUCAGCCAUGGACGCAAGAGAUGGCAUCCUGGAAGUCCACAGCCACUUAUGUCGAUGA